AUGCGAUCGCAAAGUGCGGCGGCCGGUGAUCGGGGCGGGGAAAUCAAGAUCUUGACGGCGGCGACUAUAACAAGCAGCCCACGAACUAAACUGACUCGAGAGGAGGAGCCUGCUGAGCAACCAAACCCCUUCCCGGUCGCCGCCGUUCGUCGCCGCCGCCACUUGUCCAGGAGAGUGCCCAGGCGACCCCGCAUCGCCACUCGCCCAGGAAGUGUUGCUGCUCGCCCAGGAGGUUUGCCGCCUGCCCAUCCGGCCUUCCGCUGCCUCCGGCGUCCCGCCUCCGCACGUUUUUUGGCCUGGGAGUCCGACGGCGAGCAGGAGGCGGCGGCCACUCCGACGCUGGGAGACUCCACGGCAGGACGGCUGAAGGGCUGCCAGGAGCUCUCGCUGGAGGGCGACAUGCGAGAGAUGGCCAAGACGGCCGUCUGGAGCGUCAGCUCCAGCAAACCCGGCAAUGGCGCCGCCUCCCUACGCGAUGACAGCCUCGACACCUACUGGCAGUCGGACGGUGCGCACCCGCACUUGCUCAACAUCCAGUUCCAGAAGAAGGUGCAGCGGCAGCUUGUUGUGCUGUACGUGGAUUUCAAGUUGGACGAGAGCUACACGCCGAGCAAGAUCUCCAUCCGGGCCGGCGACGGCUUCCACAAUCUCAAGGAAAUUAAAACGGUGGAACUUUCAAAGCCAGUAGGAUGGGUUCAUAUAUCAUUAUCUGGCACUGAUCCCCGAGAAACAUUCGUUCAUACAUUUAUGCUCCAAAUUGCGGUGUUGGCCAAUCACCUGAACGGGAGGGACACUCAUGUCCGACAAAUCAAGAUAUACGGGCCACGACCGAACCCCGUUCCCCACCAGCCUUUCAUCCUCAUUUCCAGGGAAUGCAUAAUGUAUUCCACCGUCAGGUGAGACUGAGAUUCCGUGAACCCUCGCCACCUCAUGUCACUUGGGAGGGAUCAUCCACGGUCAAGGUGCAGACCUUGAUUGUGGCCUGCGCGCUUUUGUAAGAACGCCGACAUGGACUAAGUAGCCGAUGAAGUGUUCAGCCUAUGUUAUUGUGGAUCGAGUUGCCGCUGAAGCAUCAUCAUGGUGUCUCUCUGAACAUCUACCAUGUAGCUUUUUCUUUUUUUGAGACAAAUCUACCAUGUAGCUGAUCUUGUAUUACAUUCCAUCAGUGGAGAAGAAGUUUUUUUCUAUCUUUUUUUUAAGAAGAUGUUUUUUCCAUUCCAUUG